AUGGGUGUCCCCGCUCUCUUCCGAUGGCUUUCCAACAAGUACCCGAAGAUCGUAUCUUCAGUGAUUGAGGAACUGCCCCAGGAAAUUGAUGGAGAGGAGAUUCCGGUCGAUACUACGCGCGCCAACCCCAACGGCGAGGAGAUGGAUAAUCUUUACCUGGACAUGAAUGGCAUUGUUCACCCAUGUACCCAUCCAGAGGGAAAGCCUCCACCUGCCAAUGAGCAGGAGAUGAUGCUGGAGAUUUUUAAGUACACCGAUCGCGUUGUCAACAUGGUCCGUCCGAGAAAGUUACUUAUGAUUGCUAUUGACGGUGUUGCCCCAAGAGCCAAGAUGAACCAGCAGCGCGCACGCCGAUUCCGUUCCGCUCAAGAAGCCCGAGAAAAUGACGAGAAGAAGGGGGAACUUCAGAAGCUACUUGACAGGCAACAAAGCAAGACGACUGGCGAUGCCGCUAUCAGAGAAGAAGUCAUCCAGAAGACCUGGGAUAGCAACGUGAUCACUCCUGGAACUCCCUUCAUGGACAUUCUCGCUGCCUCGCUGCGCUAUUGGAUCGCCUACAAGCUCAAUACUGAUCCGGCAUGGGAGAAGCUGAAGAUCAUCAUCUCGGAUGCGACAGUUCCUGGAGAGGGAGAGCACAAGAUUAUGGAGUUCGUGCGUUCUCAACGUGCGUCUCCUGAACAUGAUCCCAACACUCGCCAUGUGAUGUACGGCCUUGAUGCGGAUCUGAUCAUGCUGGGUCUCGCUACUCAUGAACCCCACUUCCGGAUUCUUCGCGAGGAUGUCUUCUUCCAGGAUUCGAAGCCUCGGGCUUGCAAGCUUUGUGGUCAACCUGGGCACAAGGCCGAGGAAUGCACGGGUAAAGCGAAGGAGAAGAGUGGAGAGUUUGACGAAAAGCAAAAUGCUUCUCCAUUGAAGCCAUUCAUCUGGCUCCACGUUUCCGUCCUCCGAGAAUACCUGGGUGUCGAGCUGCAGGUUGCUCAGCAGCCGUUCCCCUUCGAUCUCGAACGGGCAUUGGAUGACUGGGUUUUCAUGUGUUUCUUCGUUGGAAACGAUUUCUUGCCUCAUUUGCCCUCCUUGGAUAUCCGUGAAAACGGUAUCGAUACUCUGAUUGCUAUCUGGCGCGACAACAUUCCGGCUAUGGGCGGGUAUUUGACUCAGGACGGGCAUGUUGAUAUGAAACGGGCUCAGCUGAUAUUGCAGGGUCUCGCUAAGCAAGAGGACGCAAUCUUUCGGCGCCGUCGGCAGGCGGAAGAAAGAAGGGCGGCUAACGACAAGAGACGCAAAGAGCAAGACCAGGCUCGCAAUGAAGAGCGUGCCCGCAAGCGAAGACGUAGUUCCCCUGUCUAUGACGCCAAACAGAACCGCUCAAAGGGUGAAGCUGACCCAGACCCAACUGCCGGCCUGGAGCUCAUCAAGCCCACUCGUGGACACUUGACGAAGGAGGACAAAGAUUUGACUCACAGUAUGAUUGUCAACCGCGGGGCCAUUUAUCGUGCCAAUAUGGAGAACAAGAGCGCCGCCGCUGUGUUGAAGAGCAAGCUUAUGAAAGGUGGCCAAAGUGAGCCAGCGGCUGAAGAAACUCCUGCUACUGCGGAGAACGGGGAAGACGCCACCGAGCCGACGUCUCCCUCCGUUCUCGGGAAGAGAAAGGCGGAUGAAUCAACAGAGGCAACUGAGCAGGAGACGGAGGAUGCUGGAACUCCCGGUAGGGAUUCACCUGUCCCGCCUCCCCCGAAGCCUAAGGAUGAUGAAAUGCCACCAGACACCGUCAAGCUCUGGGAACCAGGCUAUGCUGAUCGUUACUACGAGCAAAAGUUCGGUGUGGAUCCCCAGGAUCAUGAAUUCCGUCACAAGGUCGCGCGCGCGUACGCCGAGGGUCUCGCUUGGGUCCUCCUAUACUACUUCCAGGGCUGCCCCUCGUGGGAUUGGUACUACCCGUACCACUAUGCUCCGUUUGCUGCCGACUUUGUCGAUAUUGCGGAUAUGGAUAUUCAAUUUGACAAGGGCAAGCCAUUCAGGCCCUAUGAGCAGCUGAUGGGAGUCUUGCCAGCAUCGUCGAACCACGCCCUACCCAAGGUCUUCCAUGAUCUUAUGAGCAACCCGGAAAGUGAGAUCAUUGACUUCUACCCCGAGGAUUUCGCUUUGGAUCUCAAUGGAAAGAAAUUUGCCUGGCAGGGAGUGAUUCUUUUGCCCUUCAUUGAUGAAAAGCGCCUCCUGGCUGCGAUGGAGAAGGUGUAUCCUCUUUUGACAGAUGAAGAACGAGGUCGCAAUACACACGGCCAGGAAGUGCUACUCCUUUCGGAGCAGCACUCUCUCUAUCAAGAUCUUGUCAGCAAUUUCUAUUCCAAGAAGCCUGGGCCGCCUGAGUAUAAGCUUAACAUGCGUGUGAGCGAUGGUCUCGCUGGCCUGGUUGGGCGCAAUGAUACCUAUAUUCCCCAUGGCUCUCUUGUUUCGCCUCUGCAAGAGUAUGGCAUGCCGAGUCUCGAUGAUGACCACUCCCUCACUGUCAACUACAAGAUUCCCAAAUCUUCUCACGUGCACAAGUCGAUGCUACUUCGUGGUGUGAAGUUCGCGACCCCGAUGCUGAAUUCCGCCGAUAUUCGCGCGGUCAAGGGCCGAGCCCAAAACUCGGGGCGGUCAUACGGUGGCGCACCACUUAACGGCCGCGGCCGUGGUGGUCAUAUGGACUACUCGUCAGACCGGCCAAAUCCAUUCGCCGCGCAUCUUGAUCCACGCUUCAUGCACGCACCUCCGGGCGAGGACCCCCCGGACCUCCCCGUGGCGGCAUGUCCCAUCAAUAUCCCUCGCACCAGGGUGCUGGUCAAUAUCAAGGCCACCAAGGUUAUAAUCAGGGACAUCACCAAGGGUACCAAGGAUACCAGGGAUACCAAGGACAGCAAGGACAUCAAGGCCAACAAGGCCGCCCGCCGGCCCGCACGCGCACGGACUCGGAAGGCGGUGAAGCCAAAACUGUCGCGAAAUCGGAGGGCAAAAGAAUUAUUGAGUCACGCUGGCAGCUGUGCUCUCAAGCAUCUUUCUGGCCAGUUGCACAUACUGGGUGAAACGCUGACUCUCGGUCAAGGGUUGCAGCAUGAAUUGAGUAGAGAACAAAUAUCCUCAAUUGUCAAUCGUUUUCUAUCCUUGCCUGCCAUCAUGACCGAGCCCACCAGGAUCAGCAUCUUGGGUCGGGAGAGCAUCGUUGCUGAUUUCGGCCUGUGGCGCAACUACGUCGCAAAGGACCUGAUCAGUGACUUGCCCUCGACCACCUAUGUCCUGAUUACUGACACAAACCUCGGAUCUAUCUAUACGCCGAGUUUCCAAAAGACCUUCGAAGCCGCCGCCGCCUCAAUCUCACCUACCCCGCGCUUACUCGUCUACCAUGCCCCACCUGGAGAGAGUUCCAAGUCUAGACAGACUAAAGCCGAUAUUGAAGAUUGGAUGCUGAGCCAGAACCCACCAUGCGGCCGAGAUACUGUGGUCAUUGCAUUGGGUGGUGGUGUGAUUGGUGACCUGACUGGCUUCAUUGCGGCAACCUACAUGCGCGGUGUCCGCUAUGUGCAGGUCCCUACCACUCUGCUCGCGAUGGUGGAUUCCUCGAUUGGAGGCAAGACUGCCAUCGACACUCCUCUAGGCAAGAACCUGAUCGGUGCUAUUUGGCAACCGUCAAGGAUCUACAUCGAUCUUGAGUUUCUGGAGACACUUCCAGUGCGGGAGUUUAUCAACGGCAUGGCUGAGGUCAUCAAGACUGCUGCCAUUUCAAGCGAAGAGGAGUUCACUGCACUUGAAGAUAAUGCCGAUAUAAUCCUUAGCGCCGCGCGCAGUGAGGCGAAGCCCGGCCAGGGCCGCUUCGACGGUAUUCGCGAUAUCUUGAAGGCCCGCAUUCUGGCUUCUGCUCGUCACAAGGCCUUCGUUGUUUCCGCAGACGAGCGUGAGGGUGGUCUUCGCAACCUCCUCAACUGGGGACACUCCAUUGGCCAUGCCAUUGAGGCAAUCCUUACUCCUCAGAUUCUCCACGGAGAGUGCGUUGCCAUCGGUAUGGUAAAAGAAGCUGAGCUUGCACGUCACCUCGGUAUCUUGAAGGGCGUUGCCGUUGCUCGUAUUGUCAAGUGUAUUUCUGCCUACGGCCUGCCCACAUCUAUGAAGGACUCGCGGGUACGAAAGCUUACUGCCGACAAGCAUUGCUCUGUGGACCAGCUUCUGUUCAAUAUGGCCCUGGAUAAGAAGAAUGAUGGCCCCAAGAAGAAGGUUGUCCUCCUGUCCGCCAUUGGACGAACCUAUGAGCCGAAGGCUAGCGUUGUCUCCAACGAAGAUAUUGGUGUUGUUCUGGCCCCUAGCAUUGAGGUGCACCCUGGUGUGCCCAAGACUCUGAAUGUCACUUGCGCCCCCCCUGGGUCUAAGAGUAUCUCCAAUCGCGCCCUUGUCCUUGCUGCGCUUGGCUCGGGUACCUGUCGUAUUAAAAAUCUCCUGCACUCCGAUGACACCGAGGUCAUGCUGAAUGCAUUGGAGAAGCUGGGAGCUGCCACUUUCUCGUGGGAGGAAGAGGGUGAGGUCCUUGUUGUGAACGGCAAGGGUGGAAACAUCACCGCCAGCCCCUCGUCCUUGUACCUGGGCAAUGCUGGAACUGCCUCCCGAUUCUUGACUACCGUGGCCACGCUCGCUAACCCGAGCACCGUGAAUGAGAGCAUCCUGACCGGUAACAACCGUAUGAAGCAAAGGCCCAUUGGCGACCUUGUCGAUGCUCUGACCGUGAACGGCGCUGGCAUUGAGUACAUGGAGCGCAAGGGCAGUCUGCCAUUGAAGAUUACCGCCUCCGGUGGCUUUGCUGGUGGCGCUAUCAACCUGGCUGCCAAGGUCUCUUCCCAGUAUGUGUCCUCGCUGUUGAUGUGCGCUCCCUACGCCAAGGAGCCAGUUACUCUGAGACUGGUUGGUGGCAAGCCCAUCUCCCAGCCGUACAUUGAUAUGACGACCGCCAUGAUGCGUUCUUUCGGCAUCGACGUCAAGAAGUCCACCACUGAGGAGCACACCUACCACAUUCCUCAAGGCCACUACGUUAACCCCGCUGAGUACGUCGUUGAGAGCGAUGCCUCCUCUGCUACUUACCCUCUGGCUAUUGCUGCUAUCACCGGCACCACCUGCACAGUUCCCAACAUCGGCGCCAAGUCGCUGCAGGGUGAUGCUCAGUUCGCCGUUGACGUGCUCCGCCCCAUGGGCUGCACUGUUGAACAGUUGGAUCACUCCACCACUGUCACCGGACCUGCCAAUGGCAUUCUCCGACCCCUGCCCAACGUGGACAUGGAGCCAAUGACUGAUGCUUUCCUCACUGCCUCCGUUCUUGCUGCUGUUGCCCGUGGCGAGGGCUCGAACCACACUACCCGUAUCUACGGCAUUGCCAACCAGCGUGUCAAGGAGUGCAACCGUAUCAAGGCCAUGAAGGACGAGCUCGCUAAGUUCGGCGUUGUCUGCCGUGAGCACGAUGACGGCCUUGAAAUCGACGGCAUCGACCGGACUACCCUUCGUCAGCCUGCAGGUGGUAUCUACUGCUACGAUGACCAUCGUGUCGCCUUCAGUUUCAGCGUAUUGUCGCUGGUGGCUCCCAAGUCGACUCUUAUCCUGGAGAAGGAGUGCGUUGGUAAGACCUGGCCUGGCUGGUGGGACACCAUGAAGCAGCUUUUCGGUGUCAAUCUCGAAGGAAAGGAGCUUAAGGAGGAAGAACUGGCUGUCUCUGGUCGUGAGGAGCGUGCUAGUGCUUCCGUCUUCAUCAUCGGUAUGCGCGGUGCUGGUAAGACCACUUCUGGUAACUGGGUCGCCAAGAGCCUUGAUCGGCCCUUCAUCGACCUUGACACCGAGUUGGAAAAGACCGAAGGCCUCGCCAUUCCUGAAAUAAUCAAGCAGCGUGGCUGGCAGGGAUUCCGUGAUGCAGAGUUGGCUCUGCUCCAGCGGACGAUGCAAGAUCGAUCCAACGGCUACGUCUUUGCCUGUGGUGGUGGCAUUGUUGAAAUUCCCGAGGCUCGCAGGCUGCUUGUCGACUACCACAAGAACAAGGGUAACGUUCUUCUGAUCAAUCGUGAUAUCAAGCAGGUCAUGGAGUUCCUGCAGGUUGAUAAAACCCGUCCUGCCUACGUAGAGGAUAUGAUGGGCGUGUGGUUGCGCCGCAAGCCUUGGUUCCAGGAGUGCAGCAACAUUCAGUACUACAGCCAGCACUCGAACACAACGGAGCUUGCCCUGGCCUCAGAGGACUUUGAGCGUUUCAUGCAGGUCGUGACCGGUCGGAAGGACAACCUCACUGAGAUCAAGAAGAAGAAGCACUCCUUCUUUGUCUCGCUGACUCUGCCUAACCUUCGCGAUUGUGGUGACCUCUUGCAUCAAAUUUGCGUAGGGUCCGAUGCCGUAGAACUGCGCGUCGAUCUACUCAAGGACCCCGCCUCGGGCAGCGAUAUCCCCUCUGUGGACUUUGUCGCUGAGCAAAUGUCCUUCCUCCGUCGUCGUGUUUCGCUACCCAUCAUCUUCACCAUCCGGACAAAGAGUCAAGGUGGUCGCUUCCCUGACGAUGCCCACGAUGCUGCCUUGGCGCUGUACAAGUUGGCCUUCCGUUCGGGCUGCGAGUUUGUGGAUCUCGAAAUCGCUUUCCCGGAUGAGCUGCUCCGCACCGUCAUCGAGAUGAAGGGUCACUCUAAAAUUAUCGCUUCGCACCACGACCCUGAAGGCAAGCUGUCAUGGGCUAACAUGUCCUGGAUCCCAUCUUACAACCGUGCUCUGGAGUAUGGUGACAUCAUCAAGCUUGUCGGCGUUGCCAAAAGCCUUGAUGACAACACUGCUCUGCGGAAGUUCAAGAACUGGGCUGAGCAGGCCCACGAUGUGCCUCUGAUCGCCAUCAACAUGGGUGACCAGGGCCAGCUCAGUCGUAUUCUGAACGGUUUCAUGACCCCCGUCUCCCACCCCAGCCUCCCCUUCAAGGCCGCUCCUGGUCAGCUGUCUGCGACCGAGAUUCGCCGCGGUCUCGCGUUGAUGGGUGAGAUCAAGGCCAAGAAAUUUGCUGUCUUCGGAUCUCCCGUCUCUGGCUCCCGGUCUCCUGCCCUCCACAAUACCCUCUUUAUUGAGGCGGGUCUUCCUCACGUGUACAGCCGUCUGGAGACCACCAAUGUUGAGGAUGUUAAGGAUUUCAUCCACGCUCCCGACUUUGGCGGUGCCUCUGUCACCAUUCCCCUGAAGCUGGACAUCAUGCCGCUCCUGGAUGAAGUUGCCAACGAGGCCGAGAUCAUCGGUGCCGUCAACACCAUUGUUCCCGUCCCCAACGGCGACAAGCCCCAGCGUCUCAUCGGCUACAACACCGACUGGCAGGGUAUGGUUCAGGUCCUCCGCAACGCGGGUAUCUACGGUUCCACUGGCACCGAAAGUGCCGUUGUGAUCGGCGGUGGCGGUACUGCCCGCGCUGCCAUCUACGCCCUCCACCAGAUGGGUUUCUCUCCUAUCUACGUGGUUGGCCGCACCGCCAGCAAGCUCGAGGGCAUGGUUUCGACAUUCCCGACCAGCUACAACAUUCGCGUCGUGGACAACCACGAGCAGUUGGAUACUGUACCCCAGGUUGCCAUCGGCACCAUCCCCGCUGAUCGUCCCAUCGAUCCGGCCAUGCGCGAGACCCUCUGCCACAUGUUUGAGCGCGCUCAGGAGGCUGACGGUACCCUGAUCGGCAAGUCUAUUGCGGACAAGUCGCCUCGCGUUCUCCUGGAGAUGGCAUACAAGCCCGCCGUGACUGCGCUGAUGCAAUUGGCUUCCGAUGCUGGUUGGAAGACCAUCCCUGGUCUGGAGGUUCUUGUUGGCCAAGGUGUUAAUCAGUUCGCCCAUUGGACUGGUAUCGUUCCUCUGUACCGCGUUGCCAGAGAUGCUGUCAUGGGCCCCGAUUCUGCAUAAUUGGGUACUCUUUCUUUGUUUGUCAUUUCAACAUGGUUUUCUUCUAGGGCACAUCCAAACCCAAUAGAAACAGUCAUCAUUCUUGACCUUCACCAGGUUUACGGUUGAAUAUGUGGAAAAUUUCGUUUAUAUAUACUCUGUGGUUAAGCCUCAUGAAAUCGUUUUCGUUCUCUGUUCAAUUAUUUCUCCUAGAUUGACAUUUGUUCAUUUCACAUGAAGCGGUAGACCACCACUUGUCCCGUGUUCAGCACCGUGAUCUCCACACGCUGCAAAUAUACAAGGCAAGAAGUGUACACUGUAUCUCGACUCCAAGAGCUGCAGAGACCCCCUUCAGGAAAUCUACUCCCGCUGGACCUGAGGCCGCUUGGAGAUGACUCAGGUUUGUACGAGCGGAAAAACUAGAGUAAAUACUUAGCAAGGCCAAUUUUACAUGAAGCAAAGCUCGACACGCUUACCUGCAAGGGGCCCUUGAACAGCUCCAUCAUCGCGAUAUCCCGUCCCAAGCACACACGCGAGCCAUAUCCGAACGCAAAGUUAUACUUGUUAUAUAACUUGGCUCUCUCCGGAUCCAUCCACCGCUCCGGUUUGAACUCUUCCGCAUCCUCGCCAUACAGCGCCGGAUCACGGUGAACCACGUACGGAUUACAGGAAAUCUCCGUUCCAGCAGGUGCCCACUUACCAUACAAGUCCAGGCCAGGCUCGGAGACAUACCGGGGGAAUAUGUUCGGGGCAGACGGGCACAGGCGCAUCGUCUCCUUGACACAGCCCACGAAGAAAGGCAGGUGCUCGAGCACCUCAUCAUACUGGGGUACGUCGGAGAGGAGGCCCUUACGAGUGGCAUUGUCGAUUUCCUCCAUCAUGCGCUCGUACGAAUCGGGGUGUGACGAGAGGAACGUAAUCAUGGCCUGGAACGCGGUACCGGUAGUAUCUGCGCCGGCGAGCAGGACGAGAAGGACCUCUGCACGAAUGUACUCCAGAUCCAGGGGCUUGCCGUCCUCGGUGCGUGCCUCGAGGAAGGUCUGAAGAAGGUCGGUGCGGUCGAUUUGCUUGCCGGAUUGGAUAUCAUCCAGGCGUUCUUGAAUCAGGCGGUCUCGGAAGCGCAUCAGGACGCCGAUCCCGGAGUCAUCCUGCGGCUUGGCAACUAGGUAUUUCUUCAUGAAGGUGGUCUUCAUCCACGAGGUGAAGGUGUGCAUGCGUGCGAGGAAGCCGAAAGGUGGAAGACCAUCGUGGAAACCUUGAAUCAACCCGCCGAUGUCCUCGCCCUUUUCGAUGAAGCCGAAAGGGGCGCCGAAGCCGAUUUCACUGAUAAUGUCGUAGGCCAUAUAGCUGG